AUGCCGAACUCAAACCAUGCGAGCUUCUCGACCUAUUCCUCGCGGACGUCCGACUCGUCCCAGGGCACCUCGACCUCGACCCUGUUCCCCCCGCCACCCCUGCCCACCUCGGCUCCGCCCGCCAACGGCGGGCCCGUCGAGGCCGCCAACAAUGUCAUCAACAAGCGCGGCGACAAAGAGGCCUCGCUGUUCAUGAUUUGCCUGACAUUGUCGCGUCGCCUGGGCACCGUGCCCGGCUUCGCCGAAAUCCUGCGCGAGGAGGAGGAGGCGGCCGACGAGGACACCGACCCGGUCACACUGCUGUGGAGGACAUUCCGCAAGGGCUAUCCCUUGAUGACCAUCUACAAUGCCCUCGAUCCCGACGUGCGCCUCGAGGUCGACAAGAACAAGGUGUCGGAAAAGAAGCGCGAGCAGGCCGCGACCUACAAAUUCCUGUCGGCAUGCAUCAACCAACUCAAGUUCCCCUCGGAAGAGUGUUUCGUCAUCAGCGACCUCUACGGCGACGACACGACCGGCUUUGUCAAGGUGGUCAGGGUCGUCAACCGCGUCCUGGACCUUCUCGUCAAGGAAGGCAUUAUCAGCAGCGAAAUGGGCGGCGGUGAUGGUGCCGAAUCCGAUACUACCACUACGACCAAGCGGACGCAGCGCCAGCACAUCAUUGACGAGCUCGUCAAGACUGAGCGAACCUACGUGCAGCACCUCGAACUCCUGCAGGAGUUCAAGAAGCUGGUGGAAGAGAGGGGAAUAGUCACCGGCGAUGCUGUCCACGCCAUUUUCCUCAACUUGAACGCUUUGCUCGACUUUCAACGCCGCUUUUUGAUUCGCGUCGAACAGACAAACGCGCAACCCGAAUCGGAGCAGAAUUGGGGCAGGCUUUUCGUGCUAUACAAGGAAGCGUUCAAGGUGUACGAGCCGUACAUUGCGAACCAGAAAAAAUGCGAAGAGACGGCAAUGGCGGAGUUUGAAAAAUUGAAGGAAACCGGCGGCCCUGCAGAGCUUCGACAGAUGGUCGAAUCGCCCACCAAUUUGACGUCAUUCUUGCUCAAGCCUUUCCAGCGCCUUGCUAAAUAUCCCUUGCUGUUGAAGGAGCUUAGGGACAAGGGUGAUCUCGAUGAGGAAAGGCGUGACGACAUUUCUACCGGUAUCGAAGCCGCUUCUUCCGUGCUAAAGAGAACGAAUGAAGCUAUCGACUUGGAAGACCGCAAGGAAGCACUCGAGGAAUUGAAGAGCCGUGUCGAAGACUGGAAGGGUCAUCGCAUUGAAGGAUUUGGAGAUCUCCUGCUUUAUGGUACCUUUACCGUGCUGAAGGGUGAUGGAGGAGGUGGCAAGGACCAAGAGCGAGAGUACAAAAUCUACCUAUUCGAAAUGAUUCUGCUCUGUUGCAAGGAACUCAACCCCAACAAGCAGAAGAACAAAUUGAUGAGCAACAAGCAACUGUAUGACAAGAGGGGAAAGCCCAAGUUGCAGCUCAAAGGUCGCAUUUUCAUGCAAAACGUUACCGAUGCGAUCUCAACGGCGAAGCCAGGUUCGUAUACUUGCCAAAUCUUUUGGAAAGGCGAUCCCGGCAUUGAAAACUUCGUCAUUCGAUUCACCACUGAGGAAACCCUUAAGAAAUGGGUGCAUCAAGUCGAUCAACAGAGGAGACAGUUCAAGGACACCCAGAGAUCGAGCAGUACCACCAAACAUUCGACGACGUCAGCAACAGAAUUCACGUACAUCAGAGAUCAGGGUCCCAUCGAAAACCCUUAUGCCGAGGCCGACGAAGACGACGAAAUAGACGUCGCCGAAGUUACGAGCGGUUAUCCUGGGCAGUCCGACUAUACGCUUGCGCAGGGCGAAGCGACUGCCACGGGCAGAGCCCGAUCUGCUACUGGCGAGAGUGGGGUCAACCCUCUAGAUACUACUCGGCCUUCAGAGCCAUCAGGUGCGAACCGCGCCCCGCCACCUCGUUUCCCCAUGGGCGCUCUGCAGAAUCCGCCACUCACUCUUCGUACCCAAGCUCUUCAAGCUGGCCACAUUUCGCCUGGCAGCGGUGGACCCAUGGACUCGUACUUCUCACCUAGCCUCGAAUCUCCUAUGUCAACUCGCACGAGCUCUUCUUCCGGCAUGUUCCCAUUUCCACGCCAGCAGAUUCCAAACGGCUGGCACGGAGACGACAACAACCGUUUCACCGCGCCCGCCAUGGCUCGACACGCCUCUCGCGACGCUUCAAGUGGGUCUCACAUCAACGGUCGCAAUGCACGGCGUAUUCCAGGCGGCUCCGUACCAGACGUUCCCCCCUUCCCCACCCAUUACGCUUACAACCCUGGCCUGGUGAACCGGAGCCAGAGUAAUUCCCCAAACAUUCCCACCUCCAUGCCCCGCCAGCAGUCCCCGAGCAUUCAAAGAGAAAAGCAAGCGCUACGCACCCCCGGUUCCGAGAUCAACCUCCACUUCGAUUACCCCGACGGCGGCGCGCGGCAGGAUUCGCGCAUCACGCCAGGGUCGUCGAGAACCGCGACGCCAGCAUCUUCAUUUGAACAGCAGAGGACGCAGACGCCCGCGGCCGACAGACCAGCCUCGCCGACGCUGCCGUCAGCGCAGCCAUCUGACCUUCCGAUACCCUCGCAGUUGAAGGUCAAGGUGCACUGCCCGUCUGCAGGGUCAACGAUGACGCUGGUCGUCAGCACCAACAUCAGCUUCCAGAGCCUCAAGGAUCGCAUCGAUGCGAAAUUGCAGCGCAGUACCAACGUGAGUCUCAGUUCUGGACAAGUAAAGCUUAAAUAUCUCGACGACGAGGAUUACGUCAGCAUUCAAUCGGAUGAGGAUGUCCAGAUGGCGUUCGAAACCUGGAAAGAGCAGCAGCGAGACCAGCUUCUUUCCGGCCAACUCGGCGAGAUUGAGCUUUUCUGUCAGAAGUGA